AUGCCCAACAAUUUGGCAGUAUCGUCAGAUGACAGACAUCUUUCUGAGACGACCCCCCCCCAUGGACUUUACAUUUUUAUCCUCCCUGGGGCCCGCAAGACAGCUGCAACAAUGUGGCUUUCGAGCGAUCAGCGGCACAUCUCCCUGAGAGCAAUUACGCUACUUGCCCUCGUGGUCGCAAUUAGCGGCCACGCGAAUGGCAGCCAAACCGAUUCGAAUUGGCCAACAAACCACGAUCCCACAAUAACGACGCCGAAGACCCCCCCGCCGCCGACCACAGCGCAGCCAACUUGCGAAUCGAGGACGGUGAACUACAUUACACACACGCUGCCGCAGCAAUGCCUCGCUUCGUCGCCCCCCACGACACCGACAGGGGACAGCGCCCCCGUUUCCCGCACCCCCUUGACUACUGCCCAACCUCCCGCCCAACCCAGCGCUGAGGCUGCGGCCGCACCCCAGCAGGAGGAGGAGGAGGAGGAGGAGCACGAGCUGGACAGCGAUGGAAACGAUCUGAGCACCGGGGCAUUCAUGUCCUUCGAGGAGUGGAAGGAGAUGAUGCUCAAGAAAUCUGGCCAGGAGGCGCUGGAAGCCCGCCCUCGUAAAGACGGCCGCGGCGAAGCUUACCCGGGUGGGGACUUCGACACGCUGGGCGAAGAGGGUGAGAUCGCACUGGACUUUGAUGCCUAUUCAGACAAGAUAUCCGAGAUUGCAUCGGCCGGCAAGCCCACAAGGCGGGAUCGGGAGAAGAAGGAGGAGGUAGUGGAGAAAGUUUCGUACGACGAAGGGCUGGCCCAGAUCUACAGGAGCAAGGACGCGGGCAAGACGUGCAAGGAGAGGUUCUCGUACUCGUCGUUUGACGCAGGUGCUACCGUCCUGAAGACUAGCCACGGGGCUAAGAACCCCAAGGCCAUUCUGGCCGAGAACAAGGACUCGUACAUGUUGCUCGAGUGUUCAAUGGAGAACAAAUUCUUCAUCGUGGAGCUGAGUGAUGACAUCCUGGUUGACACAGUGGUCUUGGCCAACUUUGAAUUCUUCUCUAGUAUGAUACGGCAGUUCCGGGUCAGUGUCAGUGAUCGGUAUCCCGUCAAACUGGAGAAGUGGAAAAUCCUAGGGGAAUUCCAAGCUCGGAAUUCACGAGACAUCCAACCAUUCUUGGUCGAGAACCCUCAGAUUUGGGCCAGAUACCUGCGCAUCGAGGUCUUGAGCCACUACGGAAACGAGUACUACUGCCCUCUGUCUUUACUGCGGGUCCACGGAACGCGCAUGCUUGAUUCGUGGAAGGAGGCCGACCCGAGCGAGAUCGAGGGCGAUUCGGAGGCAGAGGACGAGACUAACAAAGCUGUGCCCGAACAACCCCAGGAAAUAGUCGAGCCCACUGAGGCCGUCGUCGUCGAGGAGGCUGAGGUUUCGCGACCUGCUCAAGUUGAGAACCAUACCGCCGCAGCGGAACAAAGCGACUUCAUUGCUUAUUGGGACAAGUCCUACUUCGAGCGCAUGUACCAGCCUCGGUCUACUUGUGGCCCAGCAGAAUCCCCAGCAGAACCCUCACGCACCUAUCCAAGGGUGGAAGAAGGUUCCGAGGUGCCGGCGAAACAGCAGCAGAGGGAAGCAUGGGAACAAACAACCCACGCUACUAAUGCCAGUUUUUCAUUUCAAUCAUCUGCUGAAGACCUCGCAACGGAGUUCGCCCGCUCGGUUUCUUCCAUGUCCUCCAGCUCUAACGCUGAAAACGCGACUGAUAUAGCUGCGAACUCCGCUUCAUCCGUAGCAUCAGAGCCAUCCCGUCUCACUCCAUCACCCGGCUCGAGCACCUUCGUGCCACCCGUCGCCGUGAAAUCCUCUAACAUGGCUUCGUAUAGAAAUAAAACCUCCGCUUCGACCUCCAUCAAACCUCCUUCCUCUAAACUCUCCAUCUCGAAGCCAGCGUCGGGCGCCGCGUCCCAGACGGCCUCGCGCAACAGAACAAGCACACCAACCACCUCCGUCUCUGCAUCCCCCACAGUCCAAGACUCGUUCUUCAAGCAACUCACCAAGCGCUUGCAAACGCUCGAGUCCAACACGACCCUUUCCCUGCAAUACAUUGAGUCGCAGUCUAAAUUUUUGCAAGAAGCGCUCUCCAAACUCGAGCGUCGCCAGGUCGCAAAAGUCGACCUCUUUCUCGACACGCUCAAUAAGACCGUACUCUCAGAGCUCCGUGACGUCCGCACCCAGUACGACCAGAUCUGGCAAAGCACCGUCAUCGCCCUGGAAACCCAGCGCGAGCAAAGCGAGCGUGAACUUGUGGCCCUGUCCGCCCGUCUGGGGGUCCUAGCCGACGAGGUUGUAUUCCAGAAGCGCAUGGCCAUCGUACAGAGCAUACUGCUCCUCGGGUGUCUAGUACUCGUCAUUUUCUCGCGCACGGGCAUAGCAGGCGCGGGCAUGGAAGCGCUGUACUACCCGUCCCAAUUCCUCGGCUCGAGCAGUAGGAUGGCCAGCCCCCUGUACCCAAGCACGCCGAAAGCCCUAGGCAAACUGGGCAUCGGACUCGGGCAAGUCCAGCGGACCUCGACCUCGCUGCGCAAAUCCAUCGAGCGCUCCGGCGACGUAGACGGCAACUCGGACCGGGAAAUGACAUCAAACCGCAUCCCCGAAGAGCGUAGUCCCACCCUCGAAUCGGCGGCUGCACCGCGUCGCUCAACAACACCCCAUACCCUCCCGCGAGACAGCGAGCCCCGGAGGCGGCGCCCGUCGCCCAGCGUACGGGCCGUUUCCGAUCUGGAUAUUGGUUACGAUUCUGAGCCUGCCAUGGAGACACAUCCGGAUUACUUCGCGCCCCAGGUUCGCCAGGAUCGGGAAGAUUCAGAGCGCGACAGGGGGGGUGAAGAACAGACGGAUAGGGAUACGGAUGAUGAGGACACGAAGUACACAGAUAUUUCGGCCCAGGACGCAGAACGGCAGUCAACGACGUCGUCGGAGGGCACUGGGGUAGAAUACAGUUCUCGCCGUGCGGCGAGGGCGUCCAUGUCCAGUGACCCCGAUCCUGAGUGAUGCAAGGUUAGUAGUAAUGAGUUGACGAAUGAAUACGAAGAAUUGGAAUACCCAAGAUGGAACGGUUAUUUUAUAGUGUCGAUGGUUACAUAAUGCACUGGUGCGAAAUCAUGAUACGAAAUGGGACACGGUCACAUCACAUAUAUCAAAAACUUGAAGACAUAGUUAUACUG